UCCUGAGCUUGGGUGCCAGGCCUGUUUUCCCCGCAGCCAUGAACCAGGCCUUCUGGAAAACCUACAAGUCCAAAGUGUUACAGACCCUCAGUGGGGAAUCUGAGGAAGACCUGGCAGAGGAGAGAGGGAACCCAGCGUUAGUGGACUCUGAGCCGGCAGAACCUACCGAAGAGGCUUUCCAUCCCAUGUCCCAGUUGGCCCGCCGGGUUCAGGGGGUCGGGGUGAAAGGUUGGCUGACAAUGUCGUCUCUGUUUAACAAAGAAGAUGAGGACAAGCUGCUGCCACCGGAGCCCUGUGCCGACCACCCGCUGGCGGCGAAGUCCCCCUCGCAGGCGGUGGCCGCGGCGGAGGCGGAGCCGCGAGGGUCCGGAUUCUGGGACACGUUCGCCAGCAGGUGGCAGCAGCAGCAGGCGGCCGCGGCGUCAAUACUGCGCGGCGCCGAACCCACCCGGGAGCCGGACCCCGAAGCCGGGGACGAGCCCGCGGAGGAGGCCGCCGAGCGCCCGGAGCCUGGGGAGGCCGACACCGUGGCCGGCUUCAAGUGGGGCUUCCUCACCCACAAACUGGCCGAGAUGAGGGUGAAGGCUGCGCCCAAGGGUGACUAGCCGGCCGGUCCAACAAGGCGCCCGCUCUUCCCCUCGC